AUGAAGUUAUCAUCCUUAGCAACCAUUCUUUUAUCAACUGUUUUGGCCAUCAGUGCAGUUCCAAUUGAAGGAGAAAACAAUGCCAAUUCUAUUGGGCAAACACCAUCAUCUUCAUCUCCUAGUAAUAUUGUCAAGGGAAAUCAUUUUGAUCGUGUAGUUAUUUUCAUUUUCGAAAAUGAAAACUAUGCUGCCGUCCAUAGCGAUCCAUACUUUGGAUCCUUGGCCGCAAAGCAUAAUGGUGUUGAACUCUCAAACUUUUUUGCCUUGACUCAUCCUUCUCAACCAAACUAUAUUGGUCUUAUUUCUGGAUCUACCAGUGGUGUUUUCAUGGAUUUUGAAUCUAAUAUCAAUAGGAAUUCGAUUGUUGAUUUAUUGGAAGCCAAAGGUAUCACAUGGAAAUCUUAUCAACAAGCUUACACUGGCAACUGUGAUACAUCUAUGCGAAUUGGUACUUAUGCUAGGAAACAUAAUCCUUUCAUGUCCAUGGUAAACAUUCACAACAAUGCCACCCGUUGUGCUAACAUUGUUAACGCUGAUCAAUUGGAUGUGGAUAUCAAAAACAAUCAAGUGCCUCAAUUCGCUUUUUAUACACCUGAUAUGAAUAACUGUGGUCAUGACACUUCACUCCAAUAUGCUUCUAAUUGGUUUAAAGGCUUUUUGGAACCUCGUAUUACCAAUACAAAUUUCACAGAAAAUACCAUGUUUGUGUCUACUUGGGAUGAAGCCAAAGACUAUUUGAUACCUAAUCAAAUCCAAACUGUGCUUUUCGGACCAUCAUUUAAACGUAGUUCCACUGCCGCUACAGAUGCUACCAAAUACGAUCAUUACUCUCUUUUGAGAACGAUUGAAGAUAACGUAAUUCAUAUUCAAAAAUAA